AAGCUCAACUGUCAGUCGGAGCUCAGAGCGGCUGCGGGGUGUAAACAAGCGAGGCUCCGCUCAACAGCUGAUUGAAUUUCAAGUGUGUGUGUCGGAAAAACAGAAAGCAGCAUGUCCCAGCAGGCAGUGAACGGGGUCCCGAGCCGGGGCAAGGUGCUGACCGUGGACAACAUGAACCCCAACGUGAAGCGGGUCGAGUACGCGGUCCGGGGACCCAUCGUGCAGCGGGCCGUGCAGAUAGAGAAGGAGCUCAGAGAGGGAGUCAAGAAACCCUUCACAGAAGUGAUCAAGGCGAACAUCGGCGACGCCCACGCCAUGGGUCAGAAACCAAUUACAUUUCUCAGACAGGUCUUGGCUCUGUGCGCUUACCCCGAACUCAUGGAGGACAACAAGUUUCCAGAGGACGCCAAGAAACGAGCCCAGCGUAUUCUAGAUGCCUGCGGAGGCCACAGUAUAGGGGCCUACAGUGCGAGCCAGGGGAUCGAGUGCGUCCGCCAGGAUGUGGCGCGCUACAUCGAGAAGAGAGACGGCGGCAUCCCCUCCAACCCUGACAGCAUCUACCUCUCCACAGGGGCCAGUGAUGCCAUUGUGACCAUGUUGAAGCUGCUGGUGUGCGGUGAGGGACACGACCGUACAGGAGUGAUGAUCUCCAUCCCCCAGUACCCUCUGUACUCGGCCGCCCUGGCAGACCUUGGUGCUGUGCAGAUCAGUUACUACCUGGACGAGGACAAGUGCUGGAGUCUGGAUGUGGCAGAGCUCAGGAGAGCCCUCAAUGCAGCGAGGCAGCACUGCAAUCCUCGAGUCCUCUGCAUCAUCAACCCCGGAAACCCCACUGGUCAGGUCCAGAGUAGACAGUGCAUCGAAGAUGUGAUCAAAUUCGCUAAAGAGGAGCAUCUCUUCCUCAUGGCUGAUGAAGUCUACCAGGAUAACGUGUAUGCAGAGGGCUGCAAGUUUCAUUCUUUUAAGAAAGUGUUGUUCGAGAUGGGACCAGAGUAUUCCAGUACGGUGGAGAUGGCCUCUUUCCACUCCACCUCCAAAUGCUACAUGGGAGAGUGCGGAUUCCGCGGAGGCUACAUGGAGGUGAUCAACAUGGACCCCGAGGUGAAGGCCCAGCUCAUCAAGCUGGUGUCGGUGCGUCUGUGCCCCCCCGUCCCCGGCCAGGCUCUGCUGGACCUGGUGGUGAACCCCCCUCAGCCCGAUGAGCCCUCCUACACCACAUUUAUGAAGGAGCGGACGGCGGUGUUAGCAGCUUUGGCAGAAAAGGCCAAGCUGACGGAGGAGAUCUUCAACACGGUACCAGGCAUCACCUGCAACCCGGUCCAGGGAGCCAUGUACACUUUCCCCCGCAUCACUCUGCCUCAGAAGGCCAUCGACAAAGCCAAGGAGCAAGGUCAAGUCCCUGACAUGUACUACUGCAUGAGGCUGCUGGAGGAGGAGGGAAUCUGCCUGGUACCAGGGAGUGGCUUCGGCCAGAGAGAGGGAACCUUCCACUUCAGGAUGACAAUCUUGCCUCCAACAGAGAAGCUGAAGGUGGUGCUGCAGAAGAUCCGAGACUUCCACUUGCGGUUCACGCAGGAGUUUUCCUAAUGGUCCUCUGCCUUUCAACCACAUCUCAAGAACCAGAUCCUUCAGUGCCAGUAUCUUUAAGUGCCUUCAUGUGAAAGAGCUUUUGCGCAAGAUCCAUCUCUCAGCUCAAGGACUGUCUUCACAUGUAAUCAGACUUUUAAAGCUCUGUUCACUGUUUUGAGCAACACAUGCAAUCAGAUGUCCUGUUCAUAUGUUCCUACAGCAUGUCAAGAUGCAGUGAGUUUCAGUCUAUGAUGCACUUUCUUUAAGUAUUACCCAGCCAGGUCUGUCAGAUGUUAUGGCGCUGAUUGUAUGUCAUGAGUUGAAGACCUUUUAUCCCGUGUCAUGUCACAGAUGCUGCUACAGGUGCAUCCGUCUUUUGCCAAGUGGUUCUAUACGUGUCAGUUUAAUAACAUGUUUGGUGAUUACUUGAUUAAUUUAAUCGGCUGUGGAUGAUGCACCAGAUUGGGAAAUCACUGUUUUUCAAAGCCUGUAUCAGAAUGUAGCCAUUUGUAUUACUAAUGUUUAAAUUGUUCUUAAAUACGAUUAAAAAAACCUGUUGUUUUAUGAA